UGUCUUCUUGCUGGAAAGCAACCAUACUGUGUGCUAUUGAUACCGAUCCGGUACGGUCUACGGUUGUCGAUUUUGGCGGGCUGAAUUUCAGUUCGGCGUUUCGAUAAUUUGCAUCGUAAUUUAUCUUUUGAGUCAAUUUACGAAGGAUAAAUGAUGGGGGACAAAGAUAACGAAAACAUCAGUUCUAAUGUAUCUCAAUCUUCUCAUGAUCAACAAUCACAUCAACGUCCUGGCAAUCAACAAUCAUCUUUUCAUGAUAAAAAUCUUCGACAUCGUACCAAACAACACUCUUCUCCAUCUUCUCACAAUAAACAAUCAUGUGACUUAGAUCCUUCCCUCUAUGAGGGUUUCGACGAUGCGGUGGAAGAGCGUAUCAUCAAUGAGGAAUACAAAAUAUGGAAGAAAAAUACACCAUUUCUUUACGACCUUGUGAUGACACAUGCUCUGGAAUGGCCUUCUCUGACAGCCCAAUGGCUGCCUGAUGUCACCAGGCCAGAAGGCAAAGAUUAUUCAGUUCAUAGGUUGAUUUUAGGUACUCACACUUCCGAUGAACAAAAUCAUCUACUGAUUGCAAGCGUCCAAUUGCCUAACGAGGAUGCGCAAUUUGACGCUUCUCAUUACGACAAUGAGAAAGGCGAAUUUGGUGGAUUUGGUUCUGUUAGCGGCAAGAUUGAGAUUGAAAUUAAGAUCAACCAUGAAGGAGAAGUCAACAGAGCACGAUAUAUGCCGCAGAAUCCGUGCGUGAUUGCAACAAAAACUCCCUCGAGCGAUGUACUCGUUUUUGAUUACACCAAACAUCCCAGUAAGCCCGAUCCUAAUGGAGAAUGUCAUCCAGAUUUAAGAUUGCGCGGACAUCAGAAAGAAGGUUACGGCCUCUCAUGGAAUCCAAAUCUUAAUGGAUAUUUACUUAGCGCAUCUGAUGAUCACACUAUUUGCUUGUGGGAUAUUAAUGCCACACCAAAAGAGAAUCGUGUUAUCGAUGCAAAAACUAUAUUCACAGGACACACAGCUGUAGUUGAGGAUGUUGCUUGGCAUUUGUUGCACGAAUCAUUGUUUGGUUCGGUUGCUGACGAUCAAAAGCUCAUGAUUUGGGAUACUAGAUGCAACAAUACCAGCAAGCCAAGUCACACUGUCGACGCCCACACUGCCGAGGUGAAUUGCUUGAGUUUCAACCCGUACUCCGAAUUCAUCCUGGCAACCGGUAGCGCAGACAAAACAGUGGCUCUUUGGGACUUACGAAAUCUCAAGUUGAAAUUACAUUCGUUCGAAUCACACAAAGAUGAGAUCUUCCAAGUUCAAUGGUCUCCUCACAAUGAGACGAUAUUGGCGAGCAGUGGUACAGACAGACGAUUACACGUUUGGGACCUUAGCAAGAUCGGUGAAGAACAGUCUUCCGAAGAUGCUGAGGAUGGCCCGCCUGAGCUUUUGUUUAUUCACGGAGGACACACUGCAAAGAUCAGUGAUUUUUCGUGGAAUCCAAACGAGCCAUGGGUUAUAUGUUCGGUUUCCGAAGACAACAUAAUGCAAGUAUGGCAGAUGGCGGAGAAUAUCUACAAUGAUGAGGAACCCGAAACACCAGGAAGCGAAAUCGAGACUGGCGGCUCAUAACGUGGGACGUAAUUUAUUAAAUUAUUCCGAGUCGUCCACCGAUCAUCGAGAACUGAACAUUACUGUGCUAUGUCAUGUUAAAAUACAACUCAAUGUGAUCACACAUGAAACCACUUGUGUGGCAGAAAAAAAACGAACUCUUUUCAAUUCGAGGAACACUAUUCCUUGUCUUUAAGCAUUAAGUUUAUACAUGAAUUUUCCAACAAAUAUUUGUGUGCUAAAAACAUUUUUAUUGUUCCUUUUUGUUUUUGGACUCUUCGCAAGUCAAUCUUGAAAAACAAAAUGUGCAUAAUUGUUAAGAUUCGUACAUUUUAUAUGGUUCUGACUAAACGGAUACUUCAUAUUUGUUCAGCAGAUAAUUCUAAAAGACACUUGCAAAAGAAAAGCGAGAUAAAACUAUUAUAACAAAAAUCGAUAAAGAUAUCUUAAGCUAAUUGACUAGCUAGACCAAAAUAAACUAUUAGUUUAUACGAAAUUACAGUCUUUUCACAUAUGAAGGUACUAUUUCUCUGUCACAGCGGAAGCUCAAGUAAAUCUAGGAUGGGAUUGUCAAGUACUUUUUCUACUUCUCGUUUUAAGCAUGAGUAAUAAAAAAAAUUGAUGUAAACAAA